UGAUCUCACUUCCUGUGAGAAUGGGGGCUGUGGCAGGGGUGCAUUGUGGGACAUGUAGUCAUCUAGUAGGAGGCUAGGCCUAAAUGUGAGGGAGCGGGGACUUCAACUCCCACCAUGCAGCCCAGCUCAGGCUUCCAAGCCUGAGCCUGCUGCUCUACCCCCUGCCAGGGAGCAGGAAGCCUCUCAAAAGCCUCCGCCCUCCUCUGCAGAAGACAUCCCUUCUUCCUUCCUUCCUGUCCCAGACUGAGCUUGCUGGACUCCCCCUUGGCCAUUUCCCCAGAGCUCCCCCAGUUCUGGAGAACCCAGGCGGGGUCCUGGCACAGCCAGAGCCCCCUCCCCUUCCCCAAAGGCACCCUGUCUCUUCUUGGAGGGGACCCAGGGACCCUCCCUCCCUUCCCACUGCCGUGAGCCCUAAAACAAGGCAUUGGAGGGGCCUCCCCCCCCCACUGGCUGCUUCCUCAAGGCCUCGUGCGUCGCCUUGGAACCCGGGGGUCUGCAGAUUUGGGGUGCUCUGAGGCUGGGGGGGGGUUGGGCUAAAGAAGAGUGUGGUGUGGGCAUCGGUGCCGCCACCUCCUGGAGAGGUUGGCCUGGGGGCCAGGUAGGAUGCACAAGGACAGCAAGGUCAACCCUGAGCCUUUCACCAUCCUCCCCGAGAAGACCACCUCGUUCCUCAGUGGUCGCUCCAAUCAGACCCGUCCCCAGGCCAGCCACCAUCUCGCAGAGCACCUCUCCUUGAAGCAACCGGAGAGCAUCAAAAGCCCAGAGCGGCCCACCUUGAAGUGGCAGGAGACUAGCAAAAGCCGCUCGGGACGGCCCCCCUUGAAGCGGCAGGACACUUCUCUGAAAUCAUCUUUCCCCCCCAGUAUCAAUGAAUCUGCAGUUACCACCAAUUGGCAUGUUGCUGCCAUCUCCCUCCUGCUCCUCUGUACAAUUAUGUUGACAAUGGUGAUCCUCAUAGGUCACAAAGUGAACAGCCUAUCAAAGCAUUCUAAGGAACAGUCACACCAGAUGCACUUGCAGAUCCUUGUCCUGACCGAAACGCUGAUACAUCUUCAAACUGGCAGAAAUAACAUCUGCAGUGUGUGCAAAAUCCAGUGGGUGCAGCGAGGAGAACACUGUUUCCUUUUCAGCAGCCGCUCCAUGGGCUGGCAUUCGAGCAUGGGCUACUGCAAAGAGGUGUCUUCCACUCUGGCAGUUGUCAGCACCAAGGAGGAGAUGGACUUCCUGAUGCAGGAAACAAAGAAACAUUUUGACCUGCGCUAUCGCCAAUACCAAUACCACAAAUUCUGGAUCAGCCUAAAAUAUGACAGUGACAGCAAGUGGAGAGGGGCGAAUGGAACUCCCUAUCAUCUCAAUUGGGAUGCAAAGUUGGCUCCCUGGGCCUGUGCCUAUCUCCAGAAUGGAGAAUUUUACUCUCAGAACUGCCAGGAGGAGGCUUUCUUCAUUUGCGAGACCGAGGUCCAGUUUGGCUGGAGCUGAGGGGCUCCGGGAGGAAGGAGGAGAUGGAGAUCCCAACACUGAUAGACGGCUGUGAUCCCAGCAAAACUCUGGAGCAGGCUCUCCCGUCUUGCUGCACUGGUACAGCCGUUACUUCAAAAUCUUAUUGAUCUUAUCGUUCUAGUAAAUAAACUUGGAUUUCUCAGA